AUGAGUCAAGGAUCAGAAGUUGAAUACACUAAUAAUUUAUCAGAACAAUAUUUAGAUUUAUAUACAAUAGCUCCAUUUACAAAUACUUUUCCAAUAAGUAAUGAAAGAUUCAAGACUUGUGAUGAUUAUAAAGAACUAGUAGAAAAUGAAUUAACAGCAAUAACUACAAAUUCAUAUAAUUUACAAAAGUAUUUGCAACCAAAUAUAUUACCUGUAUAUUAUAAUAAUAAUAAUUCAAAUUCAAAUUCUUUAACGAGAAUUGAACAUUUAUAUAAUGUAUUAUCAACAUCAUUAGAUACUUCAACUAAUUCAAUUACAAAAGAAUAUGAAUAUAAAACAGUCAAAGCAUCAGAUAUUUAUUCAAAAUCUAAUACAAUUCUGACAAUUACAAAUGAUGAUGAAAUUAAUUCAAAAUGUUCACAAUCAACUGGAUUUUUCAAUAUUUUAAAAAAUCAACAAACUAAUUAUACAUCAAAUUUGACAGUAAAUAAUAACUGGGAUGAUUCUGAUGGUUUUCCAAUUGAAGAAAAUGAAAAUGAAGCAAUCAUUAAUAAUUACUAUCCUCGAAAUAUUAGUUCAAAUUAUGCAACAAUUGCAACAUCACCAUUAUAUAAUGAAAAUAUUCAUCUGUCAUCAUCAUUAAUUAGUAAAAUAAAUGAAACAAAUGAAAAUAAAUUAGAAAGUAGUAGUAAUUUUCCAUAUUAUUCAAAAACAAAUUCUGAAAAAUUUAAUGAAUUAAAAGAUAAUUUAAAUUUUGAUUCAAUUUUUCAAUCAAGUUCUCAAAUUUUAAAUAAAAGAAAUGAAAGUUUAAUUAUUUCAGAUAGUUCAAGAAGUUUUAAUGAAAUUAGUGGUAAUAAUGAUCUUAAUAAAAGUCAAGAUUUAAAAUAUAAUUUAUCAGCAUAUAAAUAUGUUCAAAGUUUUACUUUACCUUCUUCACCUAUUGCAAAACCUGUUAAUGAAAAACCAGAUUUACAAAUUGAUGAAAUUAGAACUGAUUCCAGUUUAGAUCAAUUUUCCCAAGUGGAUACUUAUCAAUUACAUCCUACUACUUUUUUUGUUGUUUUGAAGUUUAAUUCACAUAGAGAUAAAUUUUUAAAAAUUAUUGACAAAACUCCAUCAUAUUUAAGAACUUCAUCUAAUUAUAAGAAAUACAAGAUUGAAAAUGGGGAAUAUAAUUGUGAAAACAACAGUGAAGAAGAAGACAACGAUAAUGAAUAUCAAUUUACAUCAUCAUCAAUUCCUAAUUCACCAAGAUCAGAAAUUUAUGAUAUUGGACCAAAAUUAUUACCAAAACCAUUUACAGAAGAAUUUAAAAAUUUAAAAUUUACAAAAUUUAAACCAUUAUCAGAAUUAUGUAAAAUGGAAUGUUAUAAAUUACCAAAAAAUAUUAAAACAAAUUAUGAAAUGGAUAGUAAAUUGAAAAAAUUAAAUUCUCUAUAUUAUCCAAGAAGACCAAAAAGUGAAAAUAAUGAUAACAUUGGUGAAGAAAAUCAAAGAAAUAAUGUGGUAUCUAUUAAUUCAAUGUUAAACUCUGAUGUUUCUACAACAACUUCAACUUCAACUUCAACUAUUAUGACUGUUGAAUCAUCAUCAUCUUCAGCAACUACUGUAUCUACUGUAUCUACUGCAACUAAUUCUAAAUCAUCAAAAUCAAAAUCUAAUUCAAAAUCAAAAUUUACACCUAAAUCAAAAACUAAUUCAAAAUCAAAACCAAAACCAAAUAAAGAUAAUAAAAUUGCAAAAAAAUCAGAUUUAAAAAAAGAUGAUAGAUAUUAUUCAAGAUUAAAUAUAUAUGAAUUAUCCAAAAUUUUAAAUUUAGAAAAAUUUAAUAUUUCAUUAACUCGUCAUAUAGAAUUAUCAAUUUUAGAAAUUUUUGGAAAUUAUUGUAAAUUUAAAUUAGCUUAUCAAACUUGGGCUAUGUCGAAAAUGAGUAAAAAUUUAGAAGAGUUAAAACCAGCAUCUACAUCUAUCAUUACGUCAGGUGAAUUUAUUGCAAAAGCUAUUUUAAUUAAAUGUUUGGCUAAAACAGCAAAAGUUCUAUACAAAAGUUAUAAGAUUCAAUUGGAGAGUCAACCCAAGGAGGAUUUAAUGGAUAGUUACCUAAAUUCCCUAGAAUGGAUUUGUUAUAGUAUGCUGACUUUAUACUUGAAUUUUGGAGAUAAUAGAAUAAUCAAAAAUUUUGAUAAAUUGUUCAAGUUAAUUAUUGAUACAAUAAGUCAAAACCAAAUUUUAAAUUCUUUGAUGUUUCCGUUUUGUAUCAUAGUUGGUUAUAUUUUAAUUGCCAGAUAUUGA